UCACGUGAUUUCCGUGUUCGCGUCAUCAUGGCGGUGUGCAUAGCAGUCAUUGCGAAGGAGAACUAUCCACUAUACAUACGCAGUGUGCCCACACAGGGCGAACUGAAGUUUCACUACACAGUGCACACUUCUCUGGAUGUUGUGGAAGAGAAGAUCUCAGGUGUGGGGAAGGCUUUGGCUGACCAGAGGGAGCUUUAUCUGGGACUCCUUUAUCCAACGGAAGACUACAAAGUAUAUGGUUAUGUGACAAACUCUAAGGUCAAGUUUGUCAUUGUUGUAGAUUCAUCCAACACAUCUCUGAGAGACAAUGAAAUCAGAAGCAUGUUCAGAAAGUUGCACAACUCGUUCACUGAUGUAAUGUGUAACCCAUUCUACAAUCCUGGUGAUCAAAUUCAAUCAAAGGCUUUUGACAGCAUCGUCUCGGCUAUGAUGGUCCAAGCCUGCUGAAAUCACACAAUUGUAUAUAAAUUUAAUUCUGUAUCUAUUUAAUAAAGGAUUUGCAUGUU